GCUAGAAACCUACCCACUCAGAGAAAACUGGGGGCAGAGCCUCCCUUCGGGAUUAUUAUUGACUCAAACUGGACMUAGAAGAAAAAAAGGAACCAUCUAAUAGCCAUCAUGAAGUUUGUACGCUUCAUAAUGAAAAACGCCGCGUUGGCCAGCGCGCCGAAGCACAUCGAGCAUUUCUCCAAAUUCUCUCCGUCUCCGCUCUCCAUGAAGCAGUUCAUCGAUUUCGGUUCCAUCAAUGCCUGUGAAAAGACAUCCUUUGUCUUUUUGAGGCAGGAACUCCCCGUGAGACUCUCCAACAUCAUGAAGGAGAUCAACCUCCUGCCAGACAAGCUGCUCACUACUCCCUCAGUUCAGAUGGUGCAGAGAUGGUAUAGCCAGAGUUUAAUGGAGAUCCUUCACUUCCUAGACAAGAAUCCAGAUGACCACAGAGUGCUUGCAGAGUUUGUCGAUGCCUUGGUUACCAUCAGAAACAGACAUAACGACGUGGUGCCGACCAUGGCGCAGGGGGUCAUUGAAUACAAGGAGGUUUUCCCCCAGGAUGUGGUCACCAACCAAAACAUCCAGUAUUUUCUGGAUCGCUUCUACAUGAGCCGCAUCUCCAUACGAAUGCUGAUCAACCAGCACACUCUUGUGUUUGAUGGCACUACUAACCCAGUCCACCCAAACACAAUAGGAAGCAUUGACCCUCAAUGCAAUGUAGGAGAUGUAGUACAAGAUGCCUUCCUCAGUGCGAAGAUGUUGUGUGACCAGUACUACCUCCACUCUCCUGAUUUGGUUCUGCAGGAAAUGAACCACAAGACAAAUAGUCACCCAAUAAGCAUCGUUUAUGUGCCCUCCCACCUUUAUCACAUGUUGUUUGAGCUUUUCAAGAAUGCAAUGAGAGCUACCAUUGAGACUCAUGAAAACAGGAACAACCUCCCACCCAUUAAGGUCAUGGUGUCUCUCGGUGGAGAGGACAUGUCAAUCAAGGUGAGACAAAGUUUAAAGUGCAGGGCAGCUACAUUUCCAGUGGUUACUUGGAUAAGAUGAGUGCAAAUAGUUUUACAACUUCAAAGGUCAGUAAAGAAUAUGCUUCAUGGUCAGAUAAAAUCUUUGAUUUUGGGGCAGGAAGACACCAAAUCUUUAUCUUCUCUCAGGAUCUUUGUGCUGAUCAGUCUUAAAAAAUCUGAAUGUGAUCAGUUUUGUCUUUCAAUGUGUGAAUUUCUCAGUUUUAAGUGAAGCCAGUGUUUCCYAGCAGAAGUUGUUUUUGCUCUCUGAAUGUUUGCUCUGUCCCACUUAUGUAACGUUUUAGUCCUCGUUUCAUCGCAGCGCUUUCUGUAGCCUCUCCGAUAAGAUAAGUCAAUAUGAAUUGUGCUUUUACAGUCAGCCCGACGUGUCACUGGGAUCAGCAGGCGUCUGGUUGUCAUCUGGCUACAGCUGGCCCGGUUGAACAAACAGAAUCGCUAUAGAGAAAAUCAGAUGAUCUAUGUAGGAUAAAAGCAAAAGCUCUGGGUCAGGAGUAUCUUUGAUGACAAAGAGAAAUAAAGGGCAGACUGGACUAAUACCAGCAAUAACUUUAAUGUCUUCAUUUAGGAGAGAAACAAAAUAGACCCAGAAGUGCUGAGCCAGGUCUACUUUCAGUUGAAAAACAAACAUAGUGCACGCAAUGUAAGCUGUAAGCUUUCCUUUAUUAAGCGUAACUAGACUGCUGUAGUAGCAAGGCUGAAAAACACUGGACACUUUCUCUACAUGUAUCAAACAGUGGUUGCUAAGUAAUCCAAAUUACCAUCCUGCCUUAAAGUUGUAG